UAUUAAUAUAUUUAUUUAAAACAAAAACAAGAAAAAAAACCAAACUAUUUUACACUUAACUUAAAAAAAACAUAGUCUUAAGCCAACACAAAGAAAAUAAAAGCAGUUCGGCUGGUAUCUUAUUAUUAUACCCAACAAAAAACCACGAAACGAAAAGAAAACAACUGCAUCCAGUCCCCCACGAAACACAAGGGAAUCCCCUAAUGUAUGCCAUCCAAAGAGACGACAUGAAGAUCUUUGUAGCCGCAGAAGUUGCCGCCGACUCUGCCACGAGCACGGGAGGGGGAGCUACCACAACCUCUGGAGUGCUGCCCAUGCAGCAGCAGCGGGAAUUCAGGUCCAAAGUAACGGCCGUAUCAUCGCCUGGCAGCAAUCUGAAGUACAACGGCAAAUACAGCAGCAAGACGUCGAAUAUGCUGAGGCAGGUGCCGAGCUACCACAGCAGCAUCACCAGCAUCAAUGGCCUCAACGAGGCCGCCAACAACACUAAGAGCCAACAACAGCAGCAGCAGCCACAGAUGCUCUAUACGAAUCACAGUCAUUCAUUGGCCAGAAAGAAAUACUUUGGGAGUAAUAGCAAUCUACAGCAGCAGCAUCAAUCCUCCUAUCUUAACAACAACAAUUUGUUAAUGAAAAAUCAAAAUAUAAUGCAGCAACAAAUGUCCGACUGCAAGCUAAGUGAUGGCAAUAAUAAUAACGUUAAUAAUAGCCAGAAAACAUCAAGCAAAUGGCUGAGCAGCAGCAAGAAACGCAGUUCACCCUCCACAUCCAUAGAGUCCACAUCAUCGUAUUAUCGGAGCAGUCCCGAUUCCUCAACGGAUACCUCAAGCACAGCAGCAGCCACCAGUGUGUGCAGCAAUAGCUCCAGCAACAGUCCCACUGAGAAUGCAGAGAUCGAAGAAACGGCGAGAGUAAAGCAGCAGCCGGCAGCAGCAGGAGCUGGGGAGAGCCUGAAGGCGGCGAGACCACCGCGACAGCAGCCAUUGAGCUUCUGGAAGACCAACUAUCCACAGCAGCCCACCAAUCAAAUGAAGAAUCAAGUGGGAAUGACUGUGGCCAGCCAGAAGGAGGCAUUGGCUGUGGAGCAGCAACAACAAAAUCAGCAACAACAACAGCAGCAACAGCAGCAGCAGCAUCAGCUACAAGCACUGUCCUACGAGCAGAGGCGCAACUCUGGGGCUACCUAUCAGCAGCAUCAGCAAAAUUAUUAUCAAUAUUAUUAUCCACAGCCCAAGCAGCUGACAAUAGCAUCGUUUCUGCAAAAGGAACUACUGCCAGAGGCCCACAUCAGCAGCAGCAACAGCAACAGCAGCGAGAAAACCAGCAGCAACAGCAAUAGCUUUGGCAGGCAUCAAACAACAGGGGCAGCAGCCAGCGGUGGCUACCAACAGCAGCGCUAUAGGAAUGCUCAAUGUGUCUAUCAGCAUUACCAACAGCAGCAUGCCCAGCAGCAGCAACAGACGCCACAGCAGCAGCAGCAGCAGCAGCACUUUCGGCGUAAGCACAGCGACAAUCAUGGGAACAGUAACAGCAAGAAGAUGCACUACAGCCCCGAAGGCAUCAUUGGGCCACAAAAGUCCAUUGAGAUAUUGCCCAUCAGCAAUUUUAAUUCAAUGCAUCGACGCGCACAGGGUGGAAAUGGCGGAAAGAGUGGCUACUAUCAGCAUCAUUACCAUGCGGUGAUCGAGGGUGGUGGGGCAGCAGCCACGCCGACCAGUUCAGAGCAUCAGAAUCUGUAUAAUCUCACCUACGUCAAUGUGGAUGCGGAUGCCUGCAGCGAAGGAGUGACCGAAGCAGCUGGAAGCAAAGCAGCAUUAACAGCAACCACCACAACACCUGUUGGCUCACCGGCCGUUGGGAAACUGUCGCUGCUGGCAAAGCCCAGCAUCACCCUAACAACGGCCACGUCGUCGCCUGCGUUGGGCACCAGCGCACCAGUGGCUAUUCCUGUGGCUAUUCCUGUGGCUGGUAAUAUGUUUGUGCCACCACCACCACUGCCUCUGGCCCUGCUCUCGCCGGUGGCCAGCAGUGGCCACAGUCAUUCCCCUGGCACAACGCCCGCAAAUAUGAUCAGCUGCGCGCAACUGGACGAGGCAAUCACAGCGGCGGCGGCCAGCGGAACAGCGGACACUGGCGAGCAGCAGCAGCGGCAGGCGCCAAGCAACAGCCCCAACAAUUUUCCUUCAGGUGUGCCAUUCCUCAUCCAGCAGCAGCAGCAGCAGCCGCCCCACAGUCUCAAGGGACCACAGCAGCCACAGCAGCAGCUUUUCUUUCACUUUGGCGAGGCGUAUGCCCAACCGGCACCUCAGCCGCCACCACCGGCUGGCGUUUGGCCACAUCCAAGCUCUCCCUGCUAUCCAACAACGGUAUCGCCCCACAGCGUGCCUGGACAUCGCUCUAUUUCGCCCGCCCUGUCCUCGAACUCUUCCUCUCACGGCAGUGAGUCCCACUGGAGUGGCAACAGCAACAACAGUCGAUUGGCAGGUCCCGCUCGAUCACCGUUGAACGGUGGAGGAGCAGGCGUACACCAUACACAUAUGCACGGACAUCCACACGGCUUGGCUGCAGCCGCAGCCGCAGCUUAUGGGCCACUACCGCAUCGUGGAGCAUCGCCCAUAGCCAAUAGUGUGCCCUGGUAUGAUGUUAUACUACCGCCAGAUCGUUACCUGACCCAAGCGCGCAACAUGGAGCUGACCGUGCAGCCAGAGAAAUUGAUUUGCAUGUCCAAAUACGACAAGUUGUCGUUGCAGAUGUGGAACCGCUUCCGUGGAGCCCAGCAGACCACAAAGAAAUUCAAGUUAAAGAUGCGUCUGUGGCGCUUUCUGUUGAUCUGGAUGAAUCCCAUGUUCUCCAAGUAUCGUAUUUGGUUGGUGGGCUCGACCAUCACUGGCUUUGGCACUGACUCAUCCGAUAUUGAUAUGUGCCUCGUGGGCGGGCCACCACAUUUGCUUGCACAUCACCUGCAUCAUUAUCAACACAACCAUCAUCCGGUGCAGCAACUGCAUCCACAGCCCUAUCAACAUUCACACAACAUGCAGAGUGAGAAGCGUUCCGAGGCAUUGAUGAUUUUGACUUUAUUUCAGUCAGUGCUCAAGGAGACAGGUAUCUUUCGUGAUUUCAAUUUGAUUGAGGCGCGUGUUCCAAUAUUACGAUUCGAGGACAUCAUCAAUUCGAUUGAAGUUGAUUUGAAUUUUAACAAUUGUGUGGGAAUCAUGAACACCUACUUGCUUCAACUUUAUGCACAGCUUGAUUGGCGCACACGUCCCUUGGUGGUUGUAGUGAAGCUAUGGGCCCAAUACCAUGAUAUAAAUGAUGCCAAACGCAUGACCAUUUCCAGCUAUUCGCUGGUCUUGAUGGUCUUGCACUAUCUACAGCAUGGCUGCACACCGCAUAUCCUACCAUGCCUGCACACCCUUUACCCAGAAAAGUUUCAGCUCGGGCAGCAGGAUUGCUUCGAUUUGAAUCUGAUAGAAACCAUCGACCCAUAUCCCACACAAAAUCAACAGGCACUCGGUGAGCUCUUCCUUGGAUUCUUCAAAUAUUACAGCAACUUUGAUUUUCGUAACCUUGCCAUUUCGGUGCGCACCGGUGGUGUACUGCCAGUGGCUGCCUGUCGCCUGGCCAAGAGCUAUAAAAAUGAUGCCUACCAGUGGAAGGAGCUUAAUAUUGAGGAGCCAUUCGAUCUAUCCAACACGGCACGCUCCGUUUACGACGGUGCAACUUUUGAGCGCAUUAAGACCACCUUUGUGGCCUCUGCCCGUGCGUUGGAGCAUUCGCUGGAUAUCAGCUCAGUGUUUAGUCCCAUUUUUGGGGUAAACGUAUUUAGAAAUCAGCAACAGCAUGGCAGCGUCAACGGCCACAGCCACAGCCACAGCCAGAACAACUACCACGGCCAGUCACGCGUCGGAUCCACCUUUGCUGCCACUGUUGCUGCCAGCAACAAAAACAAGAACAUGUCGCCGGCAUCUUGAUAAAACAAACGAAUCUAAACACUUAAAGAACUCUCCGUGCUUGGAAAACAAAAACAACAAACAAAAAAAAAACAAUCAAAAAACAAAAAAAAAUGUAUUUAAAACAAUUUUGUAAAUUAAUAUUCAAAGAUUACCGAGACCCCGCAAGCAACGCAAAGCGAUCUGAAAGAAUUAUGCCUCUGUGUGGGCCCUGAGUGUUCUUUGAAUUUUAAUCGCUCAUAUUUCGUUAAAUGUUAUUUACCAUUCCUCUUCCUUUUUUUCCUUCCUUUCUUUCAUUAUUUAUACAAAAUAAUUCAAACUCCAAUUAUUGUAAACAAUCCACGCGGAGCCAGAAACCCGCGCUCCGCGGGCAUGUCUCUCUCUCUCUACUUUUUAUUCAAGAAUGUCAUCCAAAACUAUCCAAACUGUUCCAAUCCAAAUAUACACAACACCCAACUCCCAAACAAA